AGCGUGGUGCAUUAUGGGACACACGCCCAGUCACCCCCUCCCCUGCCGGCUUUACCCGACAUGCCUGGCGGACGUUGCUAGGUGACGGCUUGGGCGGCAAGUUCGGUUGGGGGAGGGUCGUGGGUCCUGGGGAUUGCUGGGACAGAGGGGGGAGCCCGGACGCCUGGGUUCCCAAUACCCCCGCGGGCCCGCACCUCAGGGACCGGGAAGGAUGGAGUCCAGCACGGCUCUGUUCUCCGUCCAGGAGAGCCCCUUCUCCAUGAGGAGCCCAGCCCGGAGCCACUACCACCCCUCACCUGCCCGCCUGCCCGGCCCACAGCACCAGUGCAUGACCCUGAGCCCGGCCCGCCUGCUGACCGGUGUCCCUGCCCUCGCCCCGCACCGAUGGCGCCCCCCUGAGCCCAUGGCCUCCAGCCCCCCAGACCUCAGCUUCCUGCAGGGCUCUAGCUGCCGGGGGACAACUCUGGACUUGGACUCCACCAACCCCUUCCCCGAAUCGUGGUCCUCAACCGAGCGCAGCUCCUCUAGCACCCCCCAGGAGGUGCCAGCCUUGAGGCAGUCCCUGGGCCCCCUAGCCUCAGCCCAGGAUGGGGAGUCCAUCAUUGCCAAGUACAUAGAGCGUUUCCGCCAUGGGCAGCCGAGGAGCCGCAGCCAGCGCCAGGCGCCCCCCGUCCCCACAGCCAGGGAGUUCUGGUGGCUGGAGCCAGCACCUCCCUCUGACAGCUCCACCCCGAAAGGGGGGGCAAAGCCAGACUGUGCUAAGCUGGAAGAGGCCAGGCCAGGAUGGGCACUUGUUAGCCCCCCGCUGCGCUCCAUGGGGGGCCCCUCAGACACCUCCCCACUGGAGUCGCCUGACCCCGACAGUCACAGCCUGCAGGAGAGAGCCAUUCGGCUGCUGCUGAGAAGUGAGUCCUCCCUGAGCAGCACCAUCCCUGUCAGCUCUGAGGGGCUGCGCUCCACACCUCCAUCCAGCACUGCGGACUCAGACCAGGCGCUUCCCUGCCCCUCUCACCUCUCCCUGCUGGAGCCCUCCCCAGAGCCCCUGCCCCUUGCCUGCUGGCCUCCUGCCCAUAUCCCACAAUGCUCCUCUUCCACUCGGCCGGAGGAUGACAUCCUGUUCCAGUGGCGCCUGCGUCGGAAGAUGGAGCAGGCAAGCCAGGCCGGCAGAUCGCUGCCCCUGCUUGGCUGGAGGACUAAGCUGGCCCGGGGCCCAAGGACGGGCGAUGGGGUGUGCAUGGCACGUCCUGGUGUUGGACUGCUGCCAAGUGCAGUGGCAUGGAGGAGCGGAGAUGCUGCUGCGUUCCCAGCGCCUGCUGUCCAGCCAGAAAUGAGAUCUGGCCUGGAGUGGGCACUAGGACCCUCUGCUCUUCGCCAAGGGAUGGGGCACCCCCUGGAGGUGCCCUUCCUGAGUGCUAAGCCAGCUGUGGGGCAGAACCCCAUAGCUGUCCACGUUCUGGGGCAGCUGGCAUCUGCUGCCACCCCCUCCAGCACACCACAGCCUGAGGGAAAUGGAGGAGGAGCUGCAGAGAGGUGGAGCUCCCAGGAUGCUUGGCAGGGAAUGGGACCGGCGGAACGUCCUGGCUCCCAGGAUUCUCGGCGGGGAGCGGGACCGGUGGAGCAGCCCAUCUCCCAGGAUGCUCAGUGGGCAGCAGGACCAUCGGAGCGGCCCGGCUCUCGGGAUGCUCGGCGGGCAGCGGGACCGGCGGAGCGGCCCGGCUCUCGGGAUGCUCGGUGGGCAGCGGGACCCACGGAGCGGCACGGUUCCCAGGAUGCUAAGUGGGGAGCCUGGGCAAUGGGUGUGGCACAGCACAUACCUAAAGAGACCGAGCAGCCUUCCAAGCCUCAGCCGUGGCAAGACAGAGCUGCCACGAAGCCAGAGGCGACCCCCAGCUGGAGGAGGAGAGGCAGGAAGGGGGAGUCAUCCAUCCACAGUGCCCUGGGGCAGGUGAUCUCUGAGAGGCUGUUCUCCCCCCCGGCAUCCCACCUCCCCACCAGGGGACGCCAGUCAGGGGAGGGAGCAGUCUCCCCUCCAGAGCAGAGUGCAGCAGAGGAGCUCCUGGCCCCUGGCUCCCAGCACCCACAGCUGCUGCAGCUGGCGGUUCAGCUGCUAGAGGAGGCGGAGGAAUCAGAUGGCACUGAGUUCGAGGAGGAUCCACUGCUGGAGGUGCUGCGGGGCCAGCGGGAGGAUCUGCGCAGCCAGCUCCGGGCCGUCGACAUCGCAGUGUCCAGGCUCGUGUCUCAGGGCUUGGCUGAGCCGCCCGGCCGCCCCUGCUGAGAGUCUCCGGAUCUCCCUCCCUCCAGGCCCUGCUCUGUCUGGAAUCGGCCUUGGGGGGCCGUUAACAAUAUCCUGAGCCAGGGCGACUAGCUGUGAGUCCACGUGCCCCCAUCUCGGGGCCGAGUCAGCCCAGAGCCAGAGGUGGGCGAAUCUGCCAGCUCCCCUCAGGCCAGCUAGGCUACCUAGCACCGCCUGCACCUCAGCCAGGACCUCGCGCCCCUUGGGGGAGGGUCAUUGGCUCAUUGGGGGCACAGGAGGGAGCAGGGCGGGAGUGCUGGCUGUGGGCGGAGCUCCCAGCCCCCCCCGGCCUGGCCCAGCGGGGGGUGCUCUAGGGCACAGGUGUGCCUGGGGGAGCUGUUCCCUGGCCAGGUGUGGAUGGUUUUUGCUGUUUUCUUAGGCAAUGUAAUAAAAGUGGGUUUGCUAAUUGG